UUGUGCUCUCUCCUGACCCGCUGAUGGAGCUCCGUCUGCGGCACUACACUCUGCCUCUGCCCGCGUCUGAGCGCCUCUGAGCCCGGCACAUGGAGCGGACAGCCCGGUCCACCUGCAGAGCUGCGGUGCUGCUGCUGCUGCUCGCCCGCUGCUGCUGCGCGGAGUCCGACCGCAAAGUGUGCCAGGGCAGCAGUAACCAGCUGAACCAGCUUGGGGACCGAGAGAACCACUACGCCAACCUGGUCCGGACGUUCUCCAACUGCACCACAGUCCUUGAAAACCUUGAGAUCACCCACACCCUACCCCACCAUGACCUCAGCUUCCUCGAGUCGAUUGAGGAGGUCGGAGGUUACGUCCUGAUCGCGAUGAACGAGGUGUCCACGAUCCCUCUGCCCCACCUGCGCCUCAUCAGGGGACACUCUCUGUACGAUGGACACUUCUCUCUCUUGGUGCUGUCCAACUACCACUUCAGCACAGAGACACAGACAUACAGUAGCGGAGUGACCAGUCUGCAGCUCAGCAACCUCACAGAAAUCUUGAACGGAGGAGUGAAGAUUACCCACAAUCCUCUGCUGUGUCAUGUGGAGUCCAUCAAAUGGUGGGACAUUCUAGACCAACACACCAACCCUUCCAUGGUCUUCAAGAAUGACUCGCACCCCAAGACCUGUCCUAAAUGUGACGUGAGCUGUGUGAACGGAUCCUGCUGGGGCCCAGGGCCACAGCACUGCCAGAAAUUUACCCGGCUGCUGUGUGCAGACCAGUGCAGUCACCGUUGUCGGGGCCCCACACCAGGAGACUGCUGCCACGAGCACUGUGCUGCAGGCUGCACUGGGCCCCUGGCCUCAGACUGCCUCGCGUGCCGUCUUUUUAACGAUGAAGGCACCUGUCAGGACUCCUGUCCCCGCCCCAUGAUGUAUGACUUCAUCACCGGAGAGGUGGUCCCCAAUCCUAAGGCCAAGUUCACCUUCGGGCCCACCUGUGUCAAAGCCUGCCCACAUAACUAUGUGGUGACUGAUGGAGCGUGUGUGCGGAGCUGCCCCCCAGGCAAACACGAGGUUUUGGAGGAAGGAGUUCACCGCUGCAAGGACUGUGACGGCCCCUGCCCCAAAGCGUGUGAUGGGAUGGGAGUGGGAGCUCUCGUCAAGACACUGGCUGUAAAUUCCACAAACAUUGACUCGUUCAGAAACUGCACCAAGAUAAAUGGAGACAUCUUCAUCCUCCCUGCCACCUUCACCGGUGACCCUCAUUUUAAAAUCCCUCCGAUGGAUCCGUCUAAACUGGAAUACUUCCGGAAUCUCAAAGAGAUCACAGGGUUUCUGGGGAUUAUGAUGUGGCCCAAGGACAUGACGUCUCUGUCUGUGUUUGAGAAUCUGGAGAUCAUCAGAGGACGCACCCUCCACCAGCAACACAGUCUGGUUGUGAUGAAUGCCAGGAACAUUCGCUGGCUUGGGCUCCGCUCUCUGAAGGAGAUCAGUCAUGGUAAAGUCCUACUGCAGCACAACUCCGAGCUGUGCUAUAUCCAAACGGACCAGUGGAUGGCGCUUUUUCGGACCAAAACACAGAGCAUCAGAGUCAACUACAACGCUCCAGAAGAGUACUGCAUGCAGCAGAAUGCCACAUGUGACCCUCAGUGCUCCGAGCACGGCUGCUGGGGCCCGGGACCUUCUCUGUGUGUGUCCUGUCUGCACGUCGAUCGUAGGGGGCGCUGUGUGGAGAGCUGCAAUCUGCUGCAAGGGGAGCCGCGGGAGGUGGAGGUGGACGGCCACUGUUUCGAGUGUCACUCUGAGUGUGAGGUCCAGGACAGCGCCCCCACCUGCUCAGGAUCGGGUGCAGACCAGUGCUUGCACUGUGCUCAUGUCCAGGAUGGGGCUCUUUGUGUGGGGCGGUGUCCUCAGGGCAUCCCCCUUCAGGACAACCAGCUCCUCUGGAAGUACCCUGACUCCCAGCACAAGUGCCAGCCCUGCCACCUCAACUGCACCAAGGGGUGCACCGGUCCAGGGCUGUCCAACUGUAUCGAUGAGUCCCGGCACUCAGUCCUGGCUGCUGCAGUAGUUGGGUCUCUUCUGGUUUUGGUCAUCGUGUCGUUGGUGGUUUUUGUCUUUCUGCGACGACGAAAAAUCACAAGGAAAAGGACAAUGAGGAGGAUCCUACAGGAGAGAGAGCUCGUCGAGCCACUGACCCCUAGUGGCCAAGCACCGAACCAGGCCCUCCUCCGGAUCCUGAAAGAGACCGAGCUUAAGAAAGUCCGUGUCCUGGGAUCUGGGGCCUUUGGAACGGUCUACAAGGGGCUGUGGUUCCCAGAGGGUGAGCAGGUGAAGAUCCGUGUGGCCAUCAAAGUCCUGAGAGAAGCUACAUCUCCCAAAGCCAACCAGGAAAUCCUCGACGAGGCGUAUGUGAUGGCCAGUGUGGAGCACCCUCACGUGGCCCGGCUCCUUGGGGUGGUGUUGGCAUCGUCGGUGCAGCUCGUGACUCAGCUGAUGCCCUUUGGGUGCCUCCUGGAUUAUGUUCGACAGCAUCAGUACCUCAUCGGACCACAGAGACUCCUCAACUGGUGUGUGCAGAUAGCAAAGGGCAUGUCUUACCUGGAGGACAGACACCUGGUGCACAGAGACCUCGCUGCUCGAAAUGUUUUGGUCAAAUCGCCGAAUCACGUUAAAAUCACUGACUUCGGAUUGGCCAAGCUCCUGACGGCCAAUGAGAGCGAGUACCACGCGGAUGGGGGCAAGGUGCCCAUAAAGUGGAUGGCGCUGGAGUCCAUCUUACAGUGGACCUACACCCACCAGAGCGACGUGUGGAGCUACGGGGUGACGGUUUGGGAGCUGAUGACCUUUGGGUCCAAACCAUAUGAUGGGAUCCCAGCAUCUGAGAUCUGCUCCGUGUUAGAGCGAGGAGAGAGACUGCCCCAACCCCCCAUCUGUACGAUAGACGUGUAUAUGAUCAUGGUCAAAUGUUGGAUGAUAGACCCGUCCAGUCGUCCUCAUUUCAGAGAGCUGGUCGGAGAGUUCUCAGAGAUGGCCCGAGAUCCUCAAAGAUACCUUGUCAUACAGGGGGAGUGCCCGAGCCCCAGUGACAGCCGCUUCUUCAGUCGUCUCCUCAGCACAGACGAUGAGGUUGAUGCAGAGGAGUACCUGACGCCCUACCGAGAGGGCGGAACCGGGCUGAUCCACGGUCACACCUGUGUCACCCCAACAAUGAAUGGAGGCCCGAGGAGAAUGAACAGUGGGGUGCUCCGUUACAUCACAGACCCCACUCUGAGAGAAGUGGACCAGGAGGUGCCCGGACACGAGUACAUGAAUCAGUCUAUGGACCAGGCCAACGGAGGCCCCAAAGCUUCUGACGUCUUCAACCCCAACUACGAGGACCUGAGGCUGGGCUGGAGCGGCCCGAGUCUGGCCUGUACUCCGGAGGAACCAGCCGGAGCUCCAGAGUACCUCAACGCCCCACUGAUCGCAGCCCGAGAGCACCCCAAAACAGCCCCAAUGGCCACCAGAGACCACCCCAACACCACUCUGGACAACCCUGAAUACAUGAACCUGGAUGAGAGCCAGGACCAGCCGGACUAUAUAAACCCGGACUACGUCAACUCGGACUAUGUAAAUCCAGACUAUGUGAACCCGGAAAUCAGGACCACCUCCACAGUUACCCACAAUGCACUGUUCCUCCCAGCGGCAGAGAACCUAGAGUACAUGGGGCUCGCUCCGGUUCGCUAGUAAAAAUCCGGGACCACAGACCUGUUUCAGUCCUGGUUUAGUCUAGGGAUUUAGACCCGGUUUGGCUUGCUUUAGAUCCUGUUUGGUCCUGGUUUGGUCCUGGUUUAGACCUAGUUUAGUCCUAGUUUAGAGCUGGUUUGGUCUUCAUUUGGUCCUGGGUUAGACUUGGUUUGAUCCUAGUUUGGUCCUGGUUUGGUCUUGGUUUUCACUCUGUCUCACGUCACAUAUUUUCUGUAGAAACGGGAGGACAUUUUUUAUGAAGAAUAUUUUAAUCCACAUUCGUCCAUUUUGUGUUUUUGUACAAAUUGUUCAGAACUUUAAACCUUUUUUGUGAAUAUAAAACAUUUAAUUUGCAUUUUGUUUUAUUUUUAUCAUUGUAAGUCUUUGAAAAUUUGGGACCACAUUGGUAAAAAUUCUCAGGGAAUAGAAUUGAUCUUUUUAACUUUAUAUUUGAAAACUGGAUCAGGUUUGGUAUUAAUUUAGAUCUAGUUCUGGUUUAGACCUGGUUUAGACCUGGUUUGACCCUAGUUUAGUUAAAGUAGACCUACCCAAAAGUCAAUUUUGCAGAGCUUAACCAUGUUAUAGUUGUUAUAUUUCUCAUUUACCCUCUGAAGUUGUAUUUGGAGUGAUUCAUGCACAUUUGAGUAAUCUUGAAUUGCUUAUUUUCAAAACGCCAUUUUGCCGAUCAACUCCUCUUUUCACCGCCACCAGUACACACCCACUGGGACGUGUGUUCUCCAAUUUUAUUUUCUAUGCGUAAGAUUCAGCAGCGUUGCGACUCACAUAGUCAUUUUGGUACAAAGGUAAAAACUCUGCUGCUCACUAGUGUGAUGUGCAGCAGUUUAUGGAAAAGACCGACAGCAUGCGGCGCUUUGUUGUGAUGAAUAUUGUGAUAAUGUAUUAGAUGAAUAUUGUGAAUCUUGUGAAAAUGACACAAGCAUUUAGUCUAGUUCUGGUAAAGACCUGUCUAGCCCAGUUAUGUCCUGGUUUAGUACCGUUGUAGUCCCUUAUCUAGUUGUGGCUUAGUCCUCCUUUAGUCCUGUUUUAGACAUGGUUUAGUCCAUGUUUACAUUACAAAACAAAAACUAUUUCAGUAUUAAAGCCAACAUUUUUAGAUGUUAAACUCUUAAUCAAAUUUGGCUGCCUGGAUUCUGCCCCCCUCUUGUACAUAAUUGUAAAUAUUUGUACUAAUACUUUGUGGUACUGCACAGUAAAAGUAUUUUGUGAGUAACUUGAACAUUCCUCAGGAGCUAAUGUGGAUCUGAGCCUGGUUUAGUCCUGUUUAUUCUGAAGGCUGCUGUGAGUCUGGUCUGGUUCUGCUUUGGAUCUGGUUUAGUCCUGGUUAAGUUCUGGGUUAGACCUGGUUGGUUUGAACAUAAUUAAGUUAAAUUUAUGGAGGAGAGAGUCAGGUGGCGCAGAGGAUGCACAGGAGAGGGUCGGAUGAAGCAGGGUAUGGAGAGGAGAGGGUCAGAGGAGCAGGGCAGAAGGGCAGAGGAGAGGGUCAGAGGAUGCAGAGGAGAGGGUCAGAGGAUGCAGAGGAGAGGGUCAGAAGAGCAGAGGAGAGGGUCAGAGGAUGUAAAGGUGAGGGUCAGAUGUAGUCCUAAAGGUCAGUCCUGGUUUUGAGACUCACAGCAGCCUCUGCACUGUUGACUGUUGAAUGUUUUGAAUAUUUGUGUAGCAUUGUGUUUGUUCAAAUGUGAAUGUUAUCCUGUUUACAGCCACUGUGUUUCAUUGGACCCUGAACAAGGAUGUGUCAUUUCUAUUGACAAUCGCCCGCUCCUCAAAAUCAUUCUUAAGUCAAAUAAAUGGCUUUAAAUCAUUGUUGGU